GUUGUAUCAAUGGAACAUGUGACACCUGAUAUCGGGUUGACGUCACAAGCGCUGGCGGCCAUUAAGCCCACAACUCUGGAGCAGAAUCUCAGUCCACGGCUGAUGAACAUCAUGUUUGUAUAGCUACGGCAUCUUCAAACACUUUUUGCUUAAAGCAGACCUCGCACUACUUCACCAAUCCCCACUCACAGGCCGCCGGAAAUUGCGACUGCUACAUGCUCAAGAAAGCCAUCCACCGUGCCACAAGAUCGUACAGCACAAAAAGAACAAACCACACGAUGGCGUGGUACUGUUCAGGGUCCAGCAACUCGGAGAUGAUCGACAACCUGUAUAGGACCGGGUUGAUCAAGAAUGAACAGGUGAAAGACGCCAUGCUCAAGGUUGACAGGGGCCACUAUGCCCCUUCAAGGCCAUACUCGGACUCCCCGCAGUCGAUCGGACACAGUGCGACGAUAUCUGCUCCGCACAUGCACGGACACGCGUGCGAAUACCUCAUUGAUUUCAUAAAGCCUGGCUCUCGGGUGCUGGACAUUGGAUCCGGAUCUGGCUACCUGACCCACGUCCUCGCUAACCUUGCCACCGGUCCGGAGGACGCCAAUGGCGGGUGUGUGAUCGGAGUAGAUCAUAUCCAGGAGCUCGUUGAUCUGGCAAAUCACAAUAUGCGCAAGUCGGAGCAGGGCCGCAGCUUACUAGACAGCGGCAAGGUGAAAUUUGUCACUGCGGAUGGUCGCUUGGGGUGGAAAGAUGGAGCGCCGUAUGAUGCCAUCCAUGUUGGCGCGGCGGCAGAAGAGCUCCAUCCUGUGUUGAUGGAACAACUUCGGGCUCCGGGGCGGAUGUUUAUCCCCGUUGCGUCUGCCGGUGAAGGCGGACGGCGAGGGAGUCUUGGUUUUGGUGGUGGGCAGUAUAUCUGGGUAGUGGACAAGAAGGAGGAUGGCUCGGUGCAUAAGGAGAAGGUACUGCAAGUUAGUUACGUGCCUCUGACGGAUCCACCGAGGAGAUAGGCCAUGGAGUUAGUUUUCCGCUACUUGAAUGAACUAAGACUGCAAUGCCAUAUAGUAAACAUGCCAACAAUUAAGU